AUGGCCGCUACUUCAGAAAAGACGGGACCCACCAACCCUGCUCUGGAACCGGACCUCGAUGCUCCUGACAAUCCGGGUCACGAGUUCGCUCAAUUCGGAUCCGGGUGCUUCUGGGGAGCGGAGCUGAGGUUCCAGCGAGUGGUCGGAGUGGUCAAGACAGAGGUCGGCUACUCCCAGGGCCACGUGGAGGAUCCGAAUUACAAAUUGGUUUGCACCGGAACCACCAACCACGCGGAGGUGGUUCGGGUCCAGUUUGACCCGGAAGUCUGCCCUUACACUGAUCUGCUCUCAGUCUUUUGGGCUCGUCAUGAUCCAACGACGCUCAAUCGCCAGGGUGGUGAUGUUGGUACACAGUAUCGAUCUGGAAUAUACCACUACAAUGAAAACCAGGAGCGUCUGGCCCGGGAAUCAAAGGAGGCAAAGCAAGUGGAGUUGAAGGAUAAGAAGGUGGUGACUGAGAUUCUGCCAGCAAAGAGGUUUUACAGGGCAGAGGAGUAUCAUCAGCAAUAUCUGGAAAAGGGAGGAGGUCAAGGCAACAAACAGUCAGCUGAAAAGGGUUGCACUGAUCCUAUUAGGUGCUAUGGUUGA